AAAGGUUAUGUGAGCCGUUUGGAUGAAUCGGUGUCUAAGUGGGGCUUUAAAAAAGGGGCUCAAACGGGGCCACCGGUUGCUCAGUGGAAGUGCCGAGAAGAGCAAAGGGCCCCCUUGGAAGGUGCUGUUUUUCGGUAGUGAUGAAUUCUCGCUCUACAGUCUGAAGGCCCUAAAUCAGGAAGCUGAAAACUUGCUGAAAACCUUGGAAGUAGUGACGUGCUCGCAGAAAAACCAGAUCUUCAAGUACUGCAGGGAUCAACACUUGCCUGUGCACAAAUGGCCCCCUGAUUUGUCAGGCCAGAGCUUCGAUCUAGGAAUAGUCGUGUCGUUUGGCUAUUUAAUUCCCGAAGCGUUAAUCAACCAGUUCCCCCGGGGAAUGAUCAAUGUUCACGGCAGCCUCCUGCCAAGGUGGCGCGGGGCCUCCCCUAUAGUCUACGCCCUGGCCAAUGGGGAUAAGGAAACAGGAGUCACCAUUAUGAAAGUCAGGCCUAGGAAGUUCGAUGUGGGCGAAAUUAUUUGCCAGGAGGUGGUUCCAAUUGGGGCUGGGAUGGAGAUGCCGCAGCUGCACUCGAUACUCGGCCAAUUAGGAGCGAAGCUUUUAGUGCAAACAAUUUGGAAUCUUCAGCCGGCUCUUGAGGCCGCUAGGCCUCAGCCCGAAGACGGUGCGAGUUACGCGCCCAAAAUCACUCAAGGGUUCGCCCAAGUGCAAUGGAGUUGCUCGACAGCAAAGGAAAUUGAGCGGCUUUACAGGGCUCUUAAGUCAGUGUUCCCGCUGAAAACCACUUGGUAUGGGACGCCAGUGAAACUAUCCGAUAUCGCCAUGUUCCAGGCUUCUGGAACAACGAAAAAACCUGGGCAUGUGUACUAUAGCAAACCCCACAAGGCUUUGAUAGUGGAAUGUGCGGGGUCUACCUGGAUUAGCGUGAAGGAGGUUGGUGUUCAGGGCAAAAAAACGAUGAAAGCUGCGGACUUUUACAAUGGAUUCAUUUCAAAACUGCCUGACCAAAGUCUGGCGUGUUUCCAAUAAACUCCGUGUUAUUAAA